AUGGCCAUGCCUUCUCCCCCUGAAGACUUUUGCGAAACAACCAGAGUUACCAUGACAAAGCCGAUAUUGGAUCAUGGCGAGGUGGACGAUAUAGCCGUGUCGGAAGCCAUAUCCAAGCUUUCCAAGAUGAAUCUAGACUUGCACAUUCGCGUUACGGCCGCCGAGAUGCAUAAGUCUGACAUCAACUUCAAUCGCAUCAUCUACGAUGACAGUCCGCUCUUCAUCGACAACACCACGUUGGCAGAUUUCAUACUGAAGGCAUCGCAGGAGAUUCAUCUCAUCAUGACGCGAUUACGCGGCAAUCGAACAACCCGGGGGCUGUUGGGUGGCUUCGCCAACGCGGACAAGAUUCUGGCGAGCUUUCUUCCCCCCUCGCCGCAAUCCAGUCAAGGUGAAGUCUAUCCUGCGGGCGCGACUCCGUCUCAUCCAUAUCCGGCCGCCGCGGGCGAGCCGUUGCUGGCACCUCUCGCCCUGACCCUCACAAGCAUCUACACCCAGCUGAUCACCCUCUUCGAGCUGAUUCUGGAGCACCUCUCAACCCGGAUCGAACGCAUUGGUUCGGAUCCCAUCGCACCCAUCAACGGACUCACACUUGGGGGCUUGCCGUUAGUCAAGCCAUGCGUGCAGGGUAUGAUGUUUGCCAAGGUCAUUGUCCAGAUCCUGGUCAAGUUCGAGCAAGCUUUGGGGAUAGUCUCGUCACCUGAGGGUAGCGGCACAGGUCUGCUAUCCGCGCGGCAGAUCAGCGUUCUGUGGAGCGAGCUGGACGAAGGGCCAGGCAUCAUGCCAGGUCAGGGCAUGCUGAGGCCAGCAAGACUAAAGAAAUCUUUUGAGAGGGUGGCUGCCAUUUUCAAGCACCUUUCCAUCGAACUAUAA